AUGCCGCUAUUCGCCACGCCCCACGGGAAAGCCCCAGCUGAAACCUUGGCUGAUUCCUGCCUCCUGGACUCCUCCCGUCAAAUACGUAACAUACGUAACAGAAGAACUGAGCCUAUAUGGAGCCCGCAGGCAAGUGUCUACAAUCAAUCAAUCAAUCCAUGCAAGAAUUGCAGACUUAAGUCGCUACCUCUGUAUCCAGAGCUCCACAAACAUUUCCUGAUGCUCAUUUGGUACCCCUGCCAGAGGACAAAUCUAUCGCUCCAGAACCUCAGGUAUCACUGCCUGAACAUUUCACUGGAGAUCGAUACAAGUAUCAUACUUUUAUUAUGGCUCGUGAUCUAUUAUUUGAUUUACUAUUGUGAUGCUGUUAAAAUUCGUACUGUUAUUACCCUUCUCUCUGGCCCCCCACAAGAAUGGGCUAAUGAUCUCCUGUGUAUUGAUGAUCCAAGUAUCCAAACUUGGACUGCUUUUGAUGAAGCUAUGACAGCUAUGUACGAUGAUCCCAAUCGUCAAGACACUGCGCAAACAGCCAUCAGAGCAUUAUGCCAAGGUCGCAGACCAGUUAAAGAGUAUAUAACAUGA